CCCUUUGUGGAUAUUUAUUUUUGGGGGAAAGCUCACGCAAACACGCAAGCACGGUGUUGCUUUGAUUGAGGAGUUUGUUUCUAGGUUUUCUAUUGCGCCAUGGAAUCGUCCCUCGUGCUAGCGGCGGCCGCGAUCGCUCUCCUGUUCUCGGCGGUGGCGCAGGGCGUCAGGGUCGCGGAAUCUGGGAAGCUCGAUCUAGGGAGGCCGCUCUUGCAGAAAUCUAUCGUUGACAUCGUGAACAAUGACCCCAAUGCCGGGUGGAAAGCGGGAUUCAACGAGCGGUUCAUCAAUCACACGGUGCGAGAUUUCAAGAGGCUUUGCGGUGUUCUUCCAAAGUCAUCAGAGGAAGUCCAGCCGUUGAGACCCUUGCGAAGCCACCCGAGAACUUUGGAUCUUCCUAAGCAUUUCGAUGCCCGUGAAGCUUGGCCACAGUGUGCUUCCAUCAAAACUAUUCUUGACCAGGGUCACUGUGGGUCAUGCUGGGCUUUUGGAGCUGUCGAGGCACUGACGGAUCGAUUUUGCAUCCUCAACAAUGAAAAUGUCUCGCUCUCCGAGAACGACCUUGUGGCCUGCUGUAGCUCCUGUGGAUUUGGCUGUGAGGGUGGAUAUCCAUAUGCGGCUUGGGAAUACUUUGCACAAACAGGGGUGGUGACGUCUCAAUGCGAUCCAUAUUUUGAUGGAAAAGGAUGCAAGCAUCCUGGUUGCGAACCUGAGUAUGACACGCCGGUUUGCGUAAAGCAAUGCGUGGACAAUGAGCAGUGGAGGGACUCUAAACACUUCACGGUGCAAACUUACGCUGUCAACUCCGAUAUUUACGACAUCCAAGCCGAGAUUUACAAGAAUGGGCCCGUGGAAGUUUCCUAUACCGUAUAUGAGGACUUUGCUCACUACAAGUCUGGAGUUUAUAAGCACGUUUUCGGUCAAGUCCUGGGUGGGCAUGCAGUGAAAUUUAUUGGCUGGGGCACCACCGAUGAUGGAAAGGAUUACUGGAUUGUGGCAAACUCGUGGAACCGGUCAUGGGGAGAGGACGGAUUUUUCCAAAUCUCUCGUGGUUCCAAUGAAUGUGGUAUUGAGUCCGAGCCUGUGGCUGGAAUCCCGCUCAAGAAAACUGGAUUCUCUGACAUAUAAUUUGUAAAUAUGCUGUACACAGACUAUUAACUCUAUUCCUAUUUCUAUUUGUUAAAUCCUAUUGUCUACUAUUGUCAA